AUGUCGUACAAAACUAAACGGAUUUACUUGGAGAACCUUCUCAAACGGAAUGGUAAUUGUGUCAACUUGGAACCAUACAAUGAGAAUCAACUUCGAAUUAUUCAACAGCAAAUCAAAGUUGCUGAAAUAAAAACAAAAAUUUACGAGGAGUGGAUAUCAAUUGACGCGUGUAAGAAGAAAAUGGACGGAUUAAAAAGAACUAAAUCAGCAACGCGUGCUGUCCUAUGGCAACAAGUGUUUUCUGGGCCUGUUGAAACCUUGAGACAAACGCCUUCACUGACUAAUUUGGAUAUUAUGAAGAUUUGUGAAUACUGUGAAUCAACUGCUCCUGAAUACCGUUUCAUUCACAUGUACAAGCCUGCAGUCUCGCAAGUUUUUUAUGAUUGUGUCAUCAACAACAACAUCAAUUUUCAUGCAAAUUCUUCUACUGGAUGUGGUAUUUUACCAUCUCCCGCUCAUUCCUUGACUAACUACCGUCCAUUGGUUCCAAAUAUUGUUGACCCAGGACCGUCGACAUCCACUGCAACAGAUUCUGUUAGAAAUCUUCAUCAGUGUCUUGAUUCAAAUACUAAUAUUCUGGAAAACUUCUUUGAUUUGACGUACUAA